AUGGAAAAAGGUUUUCCCAGCAAAAAGACACAUCAAAAAAUUGAUGAUGAAGGAUAUACACACAUGAUAAACAAUGGAAAUAUAAAAAACGAAAUGGAACAGUUUUGUAAAUUUUUUCACCACGACAAUAACAACUCUUUUCUGAGUAAUGACUAUUGUGAAUAUAUGAACAACUUUUUUGCGAAUGAGGAUCAAAUGUAUUUUGGUGCAAAAUACCACUUUGACUCAUUCGAUAAGUUUACAAAUUUUCCUGUACUUACCCCAAUUUGCAAAUUAUCCAAUUUAAAAAAAAAUAAAAGGGAAUAUUUUGCCAAAGGAGAGAAAAACCGAUAUGGCAAAAAUGCUUUUUUUAAAAGAAUUAUAAAAAGUCAUCUAGACUCCGUUGAGAAGUACAUACGUAAGUUGGGGACUCGACCCAGGGAAGGGUUCGCUCAGUUUCGGAACAGAAGGAGAAGGGGCGAAAAUGGCUUUCCCAUUAAGUCUAAAAGUGUCCUCCGCAAAUAUUUCAACAUAAGGGGGGAGAAUACAAGGACAGGAAAAAAUUCCCAAAACAGAGGAAAUGUUGUUAAACCAAACCGCAAUGAUGGAAAGAAACAAUCGUUUAGAAAGAUUCCCCCCAAAAAAAAAAUUCAGCACUGGGAUCCCCAAAUGUCAAGUGACGAAAAGGGGAAAUUCUUAAAAAGGAUAAACCUACAUUUCAGCAAUUGUGAGAACACCUGCUUAGACAUUCUUUUCUCCCGAGAUGAUGAGAAAGGGGCUAACGGACUUUUCCUUUUGCGAAAAAGACAAACUGACAAGUUGGAAGAAUACCGAGAUGACAAAUCAACAAAGUCGGAAGGUGUUUACAGGAAUGCACAGUUUGUUAUACAUGAUAAAAGGGUUCAAAUUGUGUCCUAUGACGAUAUGGAGCUUUACAAACUGAUGAGAAAAAGGCUGAGGGACAAGCGCAAAAAUGAAUCCGGAUUUUCAAAAAAAAGCCGUUGGAGGAGUAACCCCUACGCAAAGAAAAAAGCGAUAAAGGUACUCUGCCCACGUGGAAGCUCCAUAGGAGGAAAAACUGAUGAUAAACAUGAGGGAGAUCAAAUUGAAGCCAAAGUUUACACACUUCAUUCCCCUAAACAUGUGCAGACAGACCUCGAAAGAAAUAACGCCACACAAAAUGGCAAUGGCCAACUCUUUGUCAAUUUGGGUAGGGUCAAAUACAAGUGCCUCAACAAAUAUCACUCACUUUUGGAUUACCAAAAUGGAUUCACUCACGAACGCGGAGAGAACAACAAGAUAUGGAUGGAGAAACCAAAUUGUGCUGAUGCAGAAGAAGGGACUGCGAAAUGCUGUUCCUGCAGCGAUACCGAUCUGAGUUUUAGCAAUUUGCAAAAAAGCUGUGGAUGGUAUUGUACAGAAGGGGGAACCCCCAAUGGGAUGAACUCAUCCCAAAUGGAUCACUCUAGUGGUAAUGACACCCCUUAUGGAAAAGUAAAAAAUGGGAGCGAGAAUGAGAAUAAGCUUUACACAACAUGCAGCACCACGUGCACGAGCGCAUCCAAGUCUGAGCCUAACCCCAUUGAUGAUGACAUUUGUAAUGACGAGCGUAAAGACGGUUCUGUCUCAUCGGAGCAAAUGAACAAAAUAUACGAAGAAGGAAAUAAUGAUCACACGAAUGACGCCCAAGAUGUGGGGACACACUUUUUUGUGAAGAACAUGGUACAACCUCUACCCAUGGGAGAAUCCGAACAAGGGGGCAUUUGUUACAAAUCCAAGUUGAGUGAAAAGGUUCCAAAUCUGCAUUUUAAACAUGCACAGGUAGAGGAAGACAAAUUGAAUAUGUACCAUAACGAACGGUUAUGCGGCGUGUCCUGCGAUAACCAAUGUGGACGUAGUAGCAACUUAGGUGAUAAAAGUGGGGGGUUCCCCCAUGGUGUGUGUGUACAGAACCCGGAACGAAGUAAUGUAACUAUAAUUCAUUCGCAAUGUAAUUACGACCCGCUUGAAUCAGUCAUCAAGAUGUCACUAAAUGAAGAAGAAAGCAAAAUGGAGAAUACCCCCCAUGAGGGAACAGGCACACUGGGGGAAAGAAUACCAAGUGACCCCUUCGAUCAGGCAGAGCAUUCACUUAAAAAUGGAAAAAUGAAUGGAAGAACAAAUCCCAUCAUUUUCGAGAUACCUCAGUUGGAGAACAAACAAAAACUUGCACUUAAACCGAAAGUCUACUGGAGCAAAAGGAGGCCCUUUUGGGAGGAAAAAAAGAAAAAAGCAAUACGCAAGGGAACAAAUACAAAUUAUCACCAAUGUGGAAAAGGUUCACUAAAGAAUGUGGAAGACGUUCUAACCCUGAAGGGGGGGAUACACAUCGGUUGUGGAUUUGCAAAGGGCGAGAAACAACCCCUUAGAAACUUUUCCCUUACUACUGACUCGACAUGCACAUUGAGUAGUACCCCUCUGGAAAGACGCAUAAUACGCAGUAGCGGAAAUAUUCAGAAGAGAAGUUACACUACAUCCUGUAUAAACGAAACAUCCAUUUUAAGAAGUAGAAAAAAUUUAUCCGUGAAUGUUGUGUCCUUAGUUGAUGCAAACAAAUAUGGCAGCAUGAGGAGUAAAAAUGAACAAUCCCUUGUCGCUUCCAGUGGGGAGUCCUCCACCAGGUUGUCUUCUAACCGUGACCGUGUUGACAGUGCAAGAGGAGGAGAACGAAACACAGAGGCACUGAAAACGAGCCACUCAUAUGAUGAGAACCCUCUUAAUAGUGAUCUUCUACCCACCACCAUUGUGAAAAAAGAUCCCCAAUUGGAAAAUGGAUCAAACGAAAUGUACACUAACGGUAAUGAGAACAAGACAAUGGUGAAGAGUAUUUACACGAAAAGGUUAGCCGACAAAAAGGAGAAGCCAAUUACAAAUACGGAAGAAACAACUACUUGGGGAAAGCAGAAUGGAAUUGCACAACCAGUGAAUGAUAACUCUUUAUAUGAGCAUCUACUAACCAGGUGUGCACCCCCUAGUGGGUUCCUUCCAACUAGUGAGGACUCAAAACCUGAGGAACUUCCCAUUCCGCACAUAAAGGCCAUAACGCAAAACGGCCACAAAAUGAACACACCGUUCACGUGUACAAAUGAACAGGAGGACUCGCACAACAAACAGGACAACCCAAAAGUGGACUGUCUCUACACGAACGACUCACUGCAUAGGGAAGGAAAAUUUAAAAUUCCAAGUUGUGCCAGUGAUGAAAAGGUGGACAAUUAUAACCUUGCCAGUCGAAACAAUUCGACUCAGAAUAAGAGAUCCAAAAAGGGACAAAACGAAUCCGAGAAGAACAGCACCACUGCUACAACGGAUAACCAACAGAUAAACCACUUAAACAGUACGGAUAAAAGGAACAUUAAAUGUGAACCCGUUUGGGGUAACCAUCUCAAAUGGGAUUCCUUCACCCAUUCGGUAUGUCCCAAUGGCGAACCUUCGAAAGCGACUGAACAAAACUUCGCCCCGUAUAAGGAAACACAUUUAGGGGAUCCACCUCUAAUUGGCAAUCUAGAACAUGGGGGUAAUUACAAUGUAGGACGCUUACCGAACAGUGAAAGGGGUGGAAGCCUAAACGGAGUCGCCAUAUCGGUUGGAGAUUUAAAUGGGAAAUCUCAAUUGGGAAAGAUCUGCCAGGAUGACUCCCCUCCGUGUGAUUACAAAGAACGUUGCUGUUACGGUGUAGCCGAUUUGGAACAAGUAAAUAAGAAGACGCACCGUGUGGAAGGAGGAACUGGGGGCGACCAAAAGGGGGGAAGUUACAACCAAGUGGGGAAAUUAAAAUUCGGAAAAAACAGCCGGAGUGGUACUGGUCAUAAAAAAGUCGAAACGAUUAACAGAAGUGAUUACCAUUUAAAGAGAGACCUUGACAAGGGAAAUUUAUCCAGUAGGACAAAUUUCCCCAUCGAUCUUUUCUACACAAAUGAGAAAAGAGACACCAAGGAUGUGAUUGCUCCUAUUGGGAGGAAGAAUCUACCUACCUCUCAGCACGUCCAACAUUUUGAAUGUUCCUUCCCAAAUGGGAACAACUGUGAAGUAGUCCCUCCCCUGGAUAAUGGCCACUGUGAUGACGAACUGCCCAACCGCUUGAGUUAUACACCUCCUGAACCUGUGAAUAAAAUUACCAAAGAAAUCUUCACGAAGAAGUCACAGAACAGCUAUCUGAUCGAGUGGUUCCCAGGGUUUGACAUCCCGAUAGGAACCUAUGGAAGAGCCAUAUUGAGAAAAGCGCUACACCAAAAAAGAAUGACAGAUGUGAAAAGGUGUGACGAAAUUUUAUCAUCCAAUGGGUUGUUCCCUACUUCUAGAUCUACCUUCGGAGACAUGAAAAUAAAGGACCUCUACAGAGCUGCACAUAUUUUAGGAAUAUGGAAUGUGGCGGAAAAAUAUUGCCUUCUGGCAUGCGAACGGAAUGGGUAUAAAAGGGAAUGGAUUGAUAUGCUGAAAAGGAGCGGCGUCAAGAUUACCAUGAAGGCACUAAAAGAAUUGAGGAGCAGGUACCUACUGAGUAGUAAAAAUUUUUCACCUUCCGGGAAGAAGAAAAAGGAUAAUAAUAGUCAUGCAAAGGAAGGUGACAAUGGGGGGAUGGACACAAGUAACGCAGUUAGGACGAAAUUCGAAAGAGGUGUGAUUCAACCGGGGGGUCCCAUGUUAGAGGCACCUUCCACCAUCCGCAAAAGCGUUUCUCAUAAAUCCAGUUGCUCACAUGAUGAUAAAGCGGGCAUUACAGGAAGAGACUGUCUCCAAAAUCCGAAAUGUAAGAAGAAAAAUCAAACAUGCUACCGUAUAGAUGAACAGCAGAACUACCUCCCCACAGUAGGAUCCCAAGUGGCAGACAAAAAAAGAACCCCCAACCGGCUACAUUGUGCAGUUUCAAGGAACAGCCUUCCUAGUGAACACUUAAACGGAUCCAAUGAAGCACUCCUUCGAAGAUUAAGGGGAAAUCACAUUGGAACUACUCAUGAUGGAAGUUACCCAAGUAGUAGCAGUAACGUCGGAAGAACAGACUUGGCAAAUACGCAUAAAGACAGGUUUUCUUCAACCCCCCAGAUGAGUAACACCAAUGGUGUAGGUUAUACAGGAGCUUCUAAUCACGUCAGCGUGCCUAGUACGUGUAACUCGCUAAGUAAAAUUCAGUUUGCCUACUCAACGGAGGAUAGAUUUCCUAACAUGGUAGUAGGACCCGCAAGUGGAACCAUGGGGGAUGACCAAGCAAUGCCAAAUGAGAUCAACGUGGAGAAUUCCACCCAGCUCCAGAACACCUGCCACUUUUUUAAUACAAAUUUUCUGCAUGAUAGAAGAAAACUUAUUCACCAAAAUUGGAACUCCACUGGCACGGCAUCAAUGGGAGAUUUGGGCCACACUGCAGGGAUAACAAUUAGGGGGGACAAGCAACUUCAUGCUGGGAACAUUCCAAUAAUGGGAGAUCCCUCUACGUAUGAAACGUUGCGGAAUGAGUGCCCUUUAGAUGUGGGAAUGCGUAGUGAUCUGUUCCACACGGGGGGCACCUCCGAUUCGUUUCAGUUUUGGAGCAACUCACAAAGUGCCACUCACUUCGUUGACGAGUAUAUGUAG